CGUACAUUACGUACGCUACGUAGUCACCACACAGACAUCAUGGCGGACGUAUUGGAUCUUCAUGAAGCGGGAGGCGAGGACUUUCCUAUGGAUGAGGAUGGUGACGAGAGCAUCCAUAAGCUGAAAGAGAAAGCCAAGAAGAGAAAAGGACGAGGCUUUGGCUCAGAUGAGGGAGCCAGGUCCAGAACCAAAGAGGACUAUGAUACCGUGGAACAAGAUGGGGACGAGCCAGGUCCACAGAGAUCUGUUGAGGGCUGGAUCCUGUUUGUGACAGGCGUACAUGAAGAGGCCACAGAAGAAGACAUUCACGACAAGUUUUCAGAGUUUGGAGAAAUCAAGAACCUGCAUCUCAACCUUGAUCGUCGAACAGGUUACCUAAAGGGUUAUGCACUGGUGGAGUAUGAGACGUACAAAGAGGCCCAGGCAGCCAUGGAGGGGCUCAAUGGUCAGGACCUGAUGGGACAGCCUAUCAGCGUAGACUGGGCAUUUGUCAGAGGGCCUCCCAAGAGCAAGAGAAGGGCUGGUGGCCGGAGGCGCAGCAGAAGUCCAGACAGGAGGCGACGUUGAGUGAAGGUGGCGUCUGUCGCAUCACUGCAGGCAGUUUCUCAUCUUCUCAUAAAAAGAUCAUCUUGAAAUUUUUGUAAAAUAUUUCUGAGUAAUAGUACUGCGUCUGGAUGUGACAGCAUACAGAGAGAGAAGGAAUUAUAGAAGAAUAAAUUGGCUUAAAAAGAGCAUUUGCAGUUUGUGACUUAUGCUGAUUUAGAGUAAUGUGAAAGACAUGAAGCUUUGUGUUUCUAUGAACAGCAACUUGUAGGGGACAUUUUUAUGUUUUCUCUUAUUCCCUCAGAUGUUUGCAUGUACUCAUUGUAAUGUGCAUUUUACUCUGAGUGUUUUGGGUUUUUUGUUUUUAUACAGUGUGGUGAACAUUAAAGUUUUUAAAAGGUUAA